ACGCGGGUUUGUAGUUAUUUCUGUAGUUAUUUCUCUCUGAGGCAGAGGAAAGUAAGGACGAAGUGUGGACUGUGCUAGAGGAAAACCUUGAUUUUGUUGCUGCCGCAGACAUGAAUUUCAAAAUACGGGCUUCAACAAAAGAAGACUGCAAAGAAAUCUCGAGAAUGAUAUUGGAGUUGGCGGUUUAUGAAAAAAUGCCCGACCAAGUGAAGAUUUCUCAUGAAGAACUGGAGCGGGACGGUUUCUGCCAGAAUCCCUUCUUUGAAUGCCUCGUUGCAGAAGUACCUGAGGAGCAUAAAUCUAGAGAAGGAUUCACAAUUGUCGGAUACGCCCUGUACUUUUACACUUACAGUACAUGGAAGGGACGGUCAGUAUAUUUGGAGGACCUGUAUGUGAUGCCAGAAUUCAGAGGAAAUGGCAUUGGCAAGGGUUUACUGAGCAAAGUUGCUGAGGUGGGGAAGAAGAAGCAGUGUGUGCGCCUGCAGAUGUCUGUGUUGGACUGGAAUACUCCCUCUCGGGACUUCUAUGCUGCUAAAGGAGCUCAGGAUCUCACCGUCAGUGAAGGCUGGCACUUUAUACGCUUUGACGGACAAAACCUGGACAAUUUAGCAAAUGAAGCGCCUAAAGAUUAGACCUUUGCCAAGAAAAACAUGCAUAGUGCUGUGAAUAAAAUGUGAUUGGUUUGUUUUCUACCAUAAAUGUUCACCCUUUAUAACAGUCAGUGCCAAAAUAAUCUCCAUGUACCUGGUUACUCUCUACCUUGUCUGGCAAACAAAACAAUAUGUCCUAGUAAAUAUGACCUUUUCUUUCAUUAUACUAGGAGCUACAUAUAAUUUAGAAAAUAUGAUUUUAAAUACUCUUAACCUUACUUCAUUUUACAGCUAUGGUUGCAUAUAGUUAAACUCACAUAAUUUCCUGCAAAUGUUUAUAUCUCUAUCAACACUUGAUGAAUAAAAAGAAACAACAGAUUGCCUUCAUCAGACAGGAUUACAGCACCUAGUGAUGCUGGGUGAAGACAGUACAAUGGGAUUUGACCUGAGUAAAUCCAAUCUCAGAUGUGACACCAUAUCAUUCCAGUAGGUGGCGUAUUUAACUAACUAAUGCACUUAAUAAUUCUGCAUGAUCUUCUCCCUGAUGAAGACAAAGCACAUGAAGUCCUCUAAAAGAAGUGAGUCAAACACAGCUGGGCUUGAAAAUGGCCCAUCUUUGAUGAGUCAUUAUAUAAUUUGACAGCUCUGGAAAGUAUAAGUGAGCUGUGGAUAAUUGGGCCAUACAUUCAGCUCUGUGUCGUGAGUGCAAUCUUAGCUGUAGGCUGCUUUGAUUAAAGAAGUGAACGUAGAGGAUAAUAUGCAAACCAGCUCUGUAACCCUAAACUCUUUAUUUAAACAUGUGAACUGGCAUUUCUUUAUUAAUGAUAUUGAGUCACAUUGCUCAACAGCUCCAGUCAGCACUCUAUUGGAUAUCAUAACCUCUCAUUUAUAUUCCCGUGGUUUUGUCACUGACAAUGAUAUUUAUUUGUGUAUAAAACAUACUUAAAUAAAGAGGAACACCUUUGAAAUCACCCAGAAGAAAACAGUGGGACACUACAAGUGUAAACACAUAUACAUACAUAUAUGUGCCAAAAAAAGAUUAAAAUGCACAUAAUACACAGGCUACGUGUGUGUGUUUUAACUCUGUUACUCAAGUGUUCUGGUUCAGAGGUGAGAAUCACAAUAAAAUCACACUGA